GUGAGCAACUGCAGCCAAGGAUAGCAACAGAGGCAGUAGUUUCAAGAAACACUGAGCCAUGGCUUUCAAUGGAAAUUGGAAAGUCUGCGAAAAUGAUAACUUUGAAGCAUUUCUCAUCGCAAUGGGUGUACCUGAGAAGCAAAGAAAGAUGGUGCUGGACGACAUGAUGGAACUAGGCAUCAAUCAAGAAGGAAAGAAGUUCACAAUCAUUGAGAAAAGCUGCCUCGGUACUAAGACUACAGAGUGGUGUUUGGAGGAAGAAUUUGAAAAUACCCUUGCUGAUGGUAGUAAAGUGAAGGGAACAUUUGUCUUGUCCAGCCCAAAUUGCUUAGCCGGGCGUUUUAAGAAGCUUUCGGAUGGGAAAGACUUCUCCAUCAACAGAGAGGUUGACGGUGAUAAGCUGGUGCAGGUCAUUAACAUUGAUGGACAGGAAGCCAGAAGGAUCUUCAAGAAAAAGUAAAUCAUGCUGUGGCCAAGUUCCAGAUGUGAAACCAUUCCUGUGUAUUGCACCUCAUGAGCACUAUGCCUGGUACAUCAGAUUGUGUUUGCUGAUCUUAACUGUGUUCGUUUAAUUGCGUAACUCUACGAGCAAUAAACCACAAUGAAUUGAUAAUGUUAUGCAGACAAGAGCACAGAUCCUAAGCCAAUAAAAAGCAUGACAAGGCAAAGCCCAUGUUGUUUUAUUAAUUCCUCGAAGGGUCCGUUACAGUUCAUUGUUGCAGCUUUGCCUUAGCUUAAAAUCUGCUUCAGGGAUGUGCGUGCUGAGUACCGAGGAACUGCUGCACAGCUCAAUUAUAGGUUGAAGGGACCUGAUCUCAUGUCUGUACCAUAAUCGUACAAUAAAAAACAGAAAGCCAAACAGUCACUCGGAAAGUUUUUCUAGAUGAGGCACGGUCCACACAGUGGUCUACUCUACCCUGGAGAAACCAAAUUCAGGCACUUGAACCAGAGGGGAUAACUUCACUCACUCCCAUCACUGGACUGUUCCCAUAACCAAUGGACUCUUCAUCUCAUCUUCUCAAUAUUUAUUGCUUUUUUUCUUUUGUACUUGCACAGUUUGUUGCCAUUUGCACAUUUGUUGUAUUGUCUAAGAUGGCACUAGUGUUCAUCGAUGACUUUCUGUGAGCUGCUUUGAACUUACUCCAUAGAGUUGGGCGUGG